GCACGACAUCUCUGAAUUGCGCCCACCUCAAAUAGAAUAUAGGACAUCAAUUCAAAGCCACUUUUAACUUUUGUCGUUUAAUCAAAAGCAAAUCUGCGGUUAAAGAACGAAACUUUGUGUAGGCUUGCGGCAGCAGCCACUCUUGUUGCUCACUCCUUUAUCUAAUUUCAUCUCUUUCUCUCUCCUCACCAACCUCCAUUCACUCAAAUCCCAAGCUUCAUUCAUCAUGUCAGCAGAGGGUGGUGAUGGAUUGGCGAAUCCUAAGCCGUCGCCAUAUGAAGAGGCAAUGAGUGCGUUGUCAUCUUUGAUUACUACUCGAACUCGUGCUGAGAAGAGCAAUAGCGGUGAUCGCUUUGAGUUGCUGUUUGAUUAUAUUAAGAUAUUGGAGUUGGAAGAACCAAUUUCUAAGUUGAAGGUUAUUCAUGUGGCUGGCACCAAAGGAAAGGGUUCGACUUGUGCUUUUACUGAGUCCAUAUUACGCAAUUGUGGCUUCCAUACCGGGCUUUUUACAUCCCCGCACUUAAUUGACGUCCGCGAAAGAUUUCUAUUAGAUGGUGCUGAAAUAUGUCAAGAAAAGUUUUUGGCGUACUUCUGGUGGUGUUAUGACAGGCUAAAGGAAAAAGCUACCAAUGACAUACCAAUGCCUACAUAUUUCCGCUUCUUAGCUCUUCUUGCCUUCAAGAUAUUUUCUGCAGAGCAGGUUGAUGUAGCUAUCAUGGAGGUUGGGCUGGGUGGAAAGUUUGAUGCAACAAAUGUGGUACAGGCACCAAUUGUUUGUGGUAUAUCCUCCCUUGGAUUUGAUCACAUGGAAAUACUAGGAAACACUCUUGGACUAAUUGCUGGAGAAAAAGCUGGCAUUUUCAAGCAAGGUAUUCCUGCUUUUACUGUGCCGCAGCCUGAGGAAGCAAUGUCUGUACUUGAAGAAAAUGCCUCAAAAUUGAAUGUAAAUCUUCAAGUAGCAUCUCCAUUAGACCCUAACUUGCUAAAUGGCUUGCAACUUGGUCUACAUGGUGAGCACCAAUUUGUAAAUGCUGGUCUUGCUGUUUCCUUGUGCUCUACUUGGCUUCAAAGGACUGGACAUGUUGAAGUCCCCUACCUUCUAAACACUAGCUCCUUGCCUCAGCAGUUCAUCAAAGGGUUGACAACUGCUAGUCUACAAGGAAGAGCCCAAAUUGUCCCUGAUCAAUAUAUCAGCACCGAAGGUCAUGGAGAUUUGGUAUUCUAUAUGGAUGGAGCCCAUAGUCCAGAAAGCAUGGAUGUUUGUGGAAGAUGGUUUUCGAAUGUCAUCAAAGAAGAUGAGAAACAAGUUAGCUAUGUAGAGCAUCCACUUUCUGACAAUUCAAGCAUAUCUUUUGAAAUGGCACAUAGUUUUCACAAUUCUGCUUCAAGGAAAAGCUCAACUCAGAUAUUGCUCUUUAAUUGUAUGUCUGUACGGGAUCCCCAGUUGCUUCUACCACGUUUAGUGAAAGCUUGCACAAGUCAUGGUGUGCAAUUUAAACAGGCGUUCUUUGUUCCAAAUAUAUCAGUAUACAACAAGGUCGCUACUAAUGUGCCACAAACAGCUACACGAGCUGAUUUAUCAUGGCAGUUAACUCUCCAGAGAGUAUGGGAAAGUCUUGUUAAUGCGGAUAAAGGCGGGUCUGCAAAGGAUUCAGACCUCAGUCCUGAUGAAGCACAGGAUGAAAAGGAGAAGGGUAUAAUCAGUGGUACAAACAGCAAAGUCUUUCCGACACUUCCCUUGGCCAUCAAAUGGCUGAGAGACAAUGCCCGACAAAAUCAGUCUGUUCGUGUACAGGUCCUAGUAACGGGCUCCCUGCAUUUGAUUGGGGAUGUUUUGAGAUUAAUAAGGAAAUGAAACACAGAUGAGUUUUCUUGGUCCCUUGCAUUUGUAUUGAUUGGAGUCAAAGGUUUUUUUUAUGGACUCAAUAACCAGCUUGAGAAAGCCAUCUGAGAUACUGCAAAAGCUCACAUUUUUAAGAGCAGCCUACUUAACAGUUCUAGCCAAUCUUUAAAAAUUGGCACACUUGGCUGUUGACAGGCAAAGAUACGUAGCAAGAGAAGACUUCUGAUGCCUACAAAUGUGCUUUGCCACAGGGUAAUUAUGAGUAGAUCCAGGCUAACAAUCUCUGGAGUUUUUAUAUCAGUUAGUAUCGUUAUUUUCUGAAUCACCAGAGAAAAAGGAAAGAAAAAACUGAAGAUUUCUCAAUUAUCUUUCAUUUUUUAUUAUGUUCUAUUUCUGGUGUUGUAAUUUUAGUGUUUCAUUGAUUACAAAUCUUUAUAAACAUGAAACACACCCAUUCUCAUCAUAUUUCAUUCGAAACAAUCAUCUAUUAUGCAAUUUUGACAAGCUUCCUAGUUUUUCAGUAACAUUAUUCAUUGAACCUUGAUUUGGUUUCAUAAAUAUGAUUAGUCCGUGGUUAUACCAAGGCAAUCAUCUUUGCUACAGAUCGUCAAGAAUGGAUGUUUGGUAGAUUUACUAUUAUGAUUGGACCUCAAACAGUAAAUCUAAUUUUUUUUGGGCCAGGCUAAGUUUGGUUAGGUCUACUUGUACUCCGUAGUUCUUAAUACAAGUACUUGUAACAUUUAGACUUUUACAUUUGCUAACAAUAACUUAAUAGAGUGUUAGAAUGAAUAAUAAAAAGUUGAUAUUUUGAA